CCAGCGAGCCAACCUUGGACUCUCCCACCCUCAGUACCGCUCAGGCAUUCGAGGUGGGAGGACGUUAGGCCAGUGCUCUGAAAACCUCUUAAAUUCCCCAUAAUGCCUUGGUUUUUCGUGUCGCCAUGGGGUGCAUAGAGAGUAAGAAGACGAUCGAGGCGUUUACGGAAGGUGACAUUAAGCCGGUGUGCAAUUGGGUGUUUGGCGAGGAGAGAGAGAGAGGGAGUGGAUCAGCUGAUGACGCAACCACCACCACCACCACCAUCAAAAAACCGAAGAAUAAGAUGAAAUACGACCCUCGUGUUACUGCAAAAUACGAGCUUAAGGGGACAAUGGGGGAAGGAUCCUUUACCUCAGUCGUAUGGGUGGAGAAUCGGCAAACCAAACAGCCAUACGCCAUUAAGAUAUUCGAUGCUAAAGAAGGAAGACAAGCAUUUGAAGCAGAACUGUCAAUAUUACGCAGAGUUCGCUCCCCAUAUGUCAUAAAACUUGUGGAGGUGUUUGAAAACGUCGAUAAAAUGUACAUGGUAAUGGAACUGGCCACGGGGGGCAGCUUAAUGGACAGGAUAAUGGAGAGAGGACCUUGUGGGGAAAAAGAAGCAAUACGGGUGCUCAGAAUGGUGUUGGAAGGGGUUAAGUAUCUACACCACCUCGGCAUCACCCACAGGGACCUCAAACCGGACAACAUGCUCUUCUAUCACCCCGGGGCGGACUCCAGGCUCAUGAUCACGGACUUCGGACUGGCGCAUGCGAAAGGAACAGCAGAUGCCACCUCCAUGGACACGAUCUGUGGGACGCCAGAGUACAUAGCCCCCGAGAUGGUCCAGUGGCAGGCCUACACAAACGCGGUGGACCUGUGGGCGGUGGGUGUGGUGGCGUUCAUCAUUCUAAGGGGUGACUUUCCUUUCUACCACGCCAACAGGAGUAGAUUAUAUAAAAAGAUUCUACGAGGGAGCUUCACAAUGGAUGAUGAGGGUUGGAGCAAAGUGAGUGACGGGGCGAAGGAGUUUAUCAGCAAGCUUCUGGAGGUGACGCCGGAGAGAAGGAUGACAGCUGCCGCGGCCCUAACACACCCCUGGCUCAGAUCACAAACCCGCAACACCACCUCAUCCAGGCCAGCCCAGGAGACGGGCGGGGAGUGGAGCUGCAAAUCUUCUACCCAUUCCUCUCACUCCGCCUGCUCUGGUUCUUUGCGGGCGGGGCGUGGGCGUGGGCGGAGAGUGACCCCCAAUGACCUUCCAAACCCGCGGCACCACGCCCACUAAGAGAGAGAGAGAGAGAGGUGGUAUGUUAGUUCCGUUUUCUAUGAGUGCAAUGGUAAUGAUGAUGAUGAUGAUGAUGAUGGUGAUGAUGAUGGUGAUGAUAGACAAGUGAUAGUGAUAAUAAUGGUGAUGUUAUAUGGAAUAGUUUUCUCAGAUGGUGAUUUGAUGUACACACGCACACACACGCACACACACACACACACACACACACACACACACACACACACACUACACUUCAAUGUUGAUAGAUUUAUGUUGAAAUGAUUAUAUUGUAGUUAAGAUAGUUUUAAGUUAAUUUGUUAGUUCGUAGAGAAACAAAACUAAAUCAUUUAUGUAUAUAUAUAUAUUAUCUUUAUUUAUAUGUGUGGAGUUUGUACAGAGAGAGAGAGAGAGAGAGAGAGAGAGAGUGUGUCUGUCAUGUAUUGCUAGUCUCAACCUUCAUACACUCAAAAAGCUGCAAUUAACAUCUAUUUUUCCAUAUUUCUACUCAUUGUACGAUAAUUUUCACUCCUGUACGAUGAUCUAGGAAGAAAAAAUAACCCCAAUAUUUUAACAACGCCACAAACAUCACAAUUUCUCUUUACAAUAUCAAAACACGAUUAAUAAUAACUUUUUUACAAUAUUUUUACUGCGUACGAUAAUUUUUCACUCCCGUACGAUGAUCUGGCACGAAAAAAUAACCCCAAUAUCUCAAUAACGCUACAAACUCGACGAUUUCCCAAUACAUUAUCAAAACACACUAAUUUUACGAACAUUUUCCGCUCAUGACUCAAUUAAUGACGUUAGUUAUAAAAGAAAGAGGAAAAUAAUGAGACGGGUACAGGAGCGCCACGGGGAGGGAGCGGCGGCAGGUGGAAGCUGAGUAAACAAACCCACGUGUGUCGAUGUGUUGGCGGGAGGAACUAGGAAAAAAUAAAUAAAACAGGAGAUUCUUGAGUAAAAUAAGAGUAAUUUGGACUAAAGGAAAGAGAAAUGAAGAAAAAAGACGUGAUUUUAAAGUAAACAAGAGUAAAUUGAACUUAAGUGAAGGGUAGCUUGAAAAAAUACUCGAGAUUGUAGAAUGAGACCCGAAGUUCUUGAGUAUAUUAGAGUAAAUUGUACUAAAAUGAAGAGAGACGAAGAAAAAGACGCAGUUAUAAAGUAAAUAAGAAGAAAUUGAACUGUGAAGAGAAAUGAGAAAAAAAAGACACGUGUUUUUUUUUAGUAAAUAAGAGUAAAUUGAAUUAGAGAAGAGAAAAAAAAAAAAAAAAAAAAACAUGCGAUUUUAGAGUUAGUGAGAGUGAAACUGAACUAGAGAAGAGGAAUGAAUAGAAAAGAGGAAAAACUUGCGAUUCUGAAGUUAAAUAAGAACGAAAUUGAACUAGAGAGAAGAGAAAUGAAUAAAAAAGAUAAAAACACGAUUCUAGAGUUAAAUGAGAACAAAAUUGAACUAGAUAAAAGAGAAAUUAAGAAAAAGGAGAACAUUUUGCGGUUCUAGAGUUAAUAAGAACAAAAUUGAACUAGAGAGAAGAGAAACGAAUAAAAACAAAAAAAAAAACACGUGGUUCUAAAGUAAAUAAGUAAAGUGAAGUAGAAAGAAGAGAAAUGAAUAAAAAAAAAAGAGAAAACUUACGAUUCCAGAAAAAAAUGAGUGAAAUUGAACUAGAGAGAAGAGAAGCGAAAAGAGAGAGACCCCUAACACACCUGCAUUGGCUGUGGUGGUGAGGUAAAGUAGAAAUAUGGAGCGUUAUUAUUUUGUGUGUGUGUGUGUGUGUGUGUCCUGCCUCAGUAUUGUGAUAAGCUUAGUACAAAUGCUUGAGUCAGUAUCAUUUGUAUAUAUGUAUAGUCUCUGUGUGUGUGUGUGAGAGAGAGAGAGAGAGAGAGAGAGAGAGAGAGAGAGGACACGUAUUUAAUCAUUUCACUAAUCCUUUACUUACAUCUGAAAAUUUGUCUAAAGGAAAUAUUGUAAACUCAGAAUUAUAGAACAACUGUGUGUGUGUGUGUGUGUGUGUGUGUGUGUGUGUGUUUUAUAUUUUUCGUUCUUUUCUCUUUUCUUUCUUUUCUUGUUUUUUUCCUGUCUUUCUUUUCUCUUAAAUUGUUUUCUCUCUUCUUUCUUCUUUUCUCCAUAAUUCUCUUCUUUUUUCUCUUCUUCCCUCCUUUCUUUUCUCUUUUUUAAUUAUCUUCCUCUUUCCUUUCUUUUCUCUCUUAAUUCUCUUCUCCCUUUUCUUCUUCCUUCCUUUCUUUCUUUUCUCUCUUAUUUUCUUUUCUCUUCUUCCUUUCUUUUAUCUUUUCAAUCCUCCUCUCCCUCUUUUUCUCUUUCUUUUCUCUGCAAUUCUCUUCUCUCUUUUGUCUCAUCUUUCUAUCUUCCUCUCUCUUCUCUUUUCAAUCCUCCUCUCUUCUUUCUCCCUUUCUCUCUUAAAUCAUCCUUCCUUCCUCUUUUCCAAUCAUCACAUUCCUUCAGUUCUUCCCACAGUGACACUUUCAAAACACCAACACAAAACACAUUAUUUUAAACCACUAACAUUCUUUUUUUUCUGUUUUGGUGUAGUGUGCAAUGACUCCAGAUGUCUUGUGUGCAAUAGCGAUAGAGAAGCUGGAUUGGUUAAGGUGUUUAGUGGUGUUAUUCAGACAGACAGACAGAGAGAAGGUGUAUUAUUGAUUUAUUGUUGUUAUUAUUUUCAUUUUGUUGGUGAUAUAAUUCUUUUGACAAUUUGCAGACAGAGAGAGAGAGGUCGUUGAUAUUGUUUUUGGUUCCCUAUAUGUAAAAGUUUGAAUUUUUUGAAGGUUUAAGUGAAAAUCUGUUCUAAAGAGAGAAAUAUUAGGAGUUUAUUGAUGAAAGUUUGGAGUUUUGAGAGUUUGUGAAAAUUUUCGUUCUUGAAAGAGAAAUGUUAGUAAUAUAUUAACAGAAAUUUGAAUUGUUGAAGGUUUUGUAGUGAAAAUUGAUCUAAAGAGAUAUUUUGAGGUGAAGUGUUGAUGAAAGUUUGAAUUAAAUUGAAUGUUAUAAUGAAAAUUGUUCCAAAGAAAUACGUACUUUGAGAUACAGUAUUGACAGAAAUUUUAAUUAUAUUGAAUGUUGUAAUGAAAAUUGUUCUCAAGAGACAUUAUGAGAUACAGUAUUGAUAGAAACUUGAAUUGAAUUGAAUAUUUUAUAGUGAAAAUUGUUCCAGAGAGACAUUAUGAGAUACAGUAUUGAUAGAAAUUUGAAUUGAAUUGAAUAUUUUAUAGUGAAAAUUGUUCCAGAGAGAUAUUUUGAGGAAAUGUGUUGAGGAAGUUUGUAUUGAAUUGAAUGUUAUAAUGCAAAUUGUUCCAAAGACACAUUUUGAGAGACAGUAUUGAUAGAAAUUUGAAUUGAAUUGAAUGUUUUAUAGUGAUUGAGUUUUAGAAAAUUAUUAAUAUAUAGACGAAAAAAAAAACGUACAAUUUUAAUACAGUGUCAAAUAAUUGGUGUUUUAGCAAAAUUACUAAAUAAGGAAAGUGAAAGAAGUGCAAUAUUAAUACAAAUUUAUUAGUAGAUGGACAGUAAAAGGUGCAAUAUAGAUACUUGUUUGAAAUAAUUGGAGUGUUAGCAGAAUUAUUGAUAGACAAAGAAAAAAAGUACAAUUUCAAUACAGUGUCUCAAAGAAUUAGAGUUUCUGGAAAAUUAUUAACAGAUAGAUAGGUAAAAAAAAAAAAAAAAGCGCAAUAUAGAUACAUGUUUGAAAUAAUUGGAGUUUUAGCAAAAAUAUUAGAUCAAGAAAAUGAAAGAAGUGCAAUAGUAAUACAAUGUUUUAAAUCAUUAGAAUUUUUAACAAAAGUGUUGAGAGAUGGAUAAAAAAAAAAAAAAGAGUGCAAUAUUAUACUCGUUUGAAAUUAUUACUUUUAGCAAAAUUCUUAAUGUGCAAUAUAAAUAGUACAAAAUUGAAAUAUUGGAAAUUUUAUCAAAGUUCUGAAUAGGCGGCCACACAUCCCUAAAAAAAAAAAAAAAAAGUGAAAUAUUAAUACAAUGUUUGAAAUGAGAGUUUUAUCAAAAUUCUCCAUACAGACAAAUAUAUGUUUGUAAAAAUUAGAGUUUUGGCGAUACUAUUAAUAGACCGAUAAAAAACAAACAAAAGAUGCAAUAUAGAUCCUUGUUUGAAAUAAUGAGAGUUUUAGCAAAAUUCUUAAUGUGCAAUAUACAAAGUACAAAAUUGAUAUAUUGGCAGUUUUAGCAAAGUUUUGAAUAGUGAGACUCCAAAAAAGAGAAUAUUAAUACAGUGUUUGAAAUAAUGAGAGUUUUAACCAAAAAUUCUUGACAUAGACAGGUAUGUUUGAAAGAAUUAGGGUUUUAGCAAAAUUAUUAAUAGAAAAAAAAAGGUGCAAUAUAGAUACUUGUUUGAAAUUAUGAGAGUUUUAGCAAAAUUCUUAAAUGUGCAAUAUAGAUUAUACAAAAUUGAUAUAGUGGAAAUUUUAUCAAAGUUCUGAAUAGCGAGACACCGAAAAAGAGAAACGGUGCAAUAUUAAUACAAUGUUUGAAAUAAUGAGAGUAUUAACCAAAAGUUCUUGACAUGACAGGAAUGUUUGAAUUAGGGUUUUAGCAAAAUUAUUAAUAGAUGGAUGAACAAAAAAAAAAGGUGCAAUAUAGAGACAUGUUUGAAAUUAUGAGUUUUAGCAAAAUUCUUAAAUGUGCAAUAUGAAAAGUACAAAAUUUAGAUGUUGGCAGUUUUAUCAAAGUUCUGAACAGCUAGACACCAAAUAAGAGAAACAGUGCAAUAUUAAUACAAUGUUUGAAAUAAUGACACUUUUAGCAAAACUCUUGAUACAGACAGGUUUAUUUGUAGGAAUUAGAGUUUUGGCGAGACUUAAUCGAUGGAUAACAAAAAAAAAAAAAAAGAUGCAAUAUAGAUACUUGUUUGAAAUAAUGAGAGUUUUACCAAAUUUCUUAAAUGUGCAAUAUAAAUUAUACAAAAUUGAUAUAGUGGAAAUUUUUAUCAAAGUUCUGAACAGCAAGACACCGAAUAAGAGAAACAGUGCAAUAUUAAUACAAUGUUUGAAAUAAUGACACUUUUAACUAAAAUUUCUUAAUACAGACAGAUGAGAAAUAGAGAAACCCAAAAUUAUACAAAUAGGUGAAAAUAGAGACCAAAACGAAUAAAAACAUUACAAUUUUAAUACAGUGUUUGAAAUAAGGAGAGUUUUAACCAAGAUUCUUCACACAAACCGGUGAUAAAUAGACCGAAAUUCUUAAUAUGAACUGAUGAGAAAGAGACGAAAAAAAAAAUGAAUAAAUAAAAACAGUGCAAAAUCAAUACAAUGUUUGAACUAAUGAGAGUCUUUACCAAAAUUCUUCAUACAAACAUGAGAAAUAGAAAUAGAAAGAAAAAAUGAUACAAACAGGUCAGAGAGAGAGAGAGAAAUAGAAUAAAAAAAAAAAACUGCAAUAUUAAUACAGUGUUCAAAAUAAUGAGAGUCUUUACCAAAAUUCUUCAUACAAAUAGAUGAGAUGUAAAAAUAGAAAGAAAUCAUACAAACAGGUCAGAGAGAGAGAGAGAGUGAAGAAUUGAAAAAAGAAAAAAAAAACAGUGCAAUAUUAAUACAAUGUUUUAACUAAUGAGUCUUUACAAAAAAAUCUUCAUACAAACAGAUGAGAAAUAGAAAUAGAAAAAAAAUGAUACAAACAGGUCAGAGAGAGAAGUUAGUAAUUAUUAGCGUAAUUCUGAUCAUAUGUUUGCAUUUAAAAGAGGUUAUUGUUUGUCUAUUUCAGUUAUUAAUGAUGUGUGGACGAUAUUGACGGGAAAAAAAAAACAUUAUUGAAGUUAGUAUUAUUAGUGCGGUGGUGACGAAAUAUUUACAUUCAAAGGAAGUUAUUAUUGGUUUAUUUGAGUUAUUAAUGAUGUGUGGACGACAUUGACGGGAAAAAUAUACCCCAAGCAGCGUUAUUGAAGUUAGUAAUAUUAGUGCAGUGCUGGACAAAAUAUUUACAUUUAAAAGAGGAUAUUAUUGGUUUAUUUAAGUUAUUAAUGAUAUUUGGACGAUAUUAACCUGAAAAUAAUGUCAAAUGGAUCUUUAAUUUUUUUUUUUAUUUAUUUAUUUAUUUAUUGUGACACUAUUUGUAUUGAAAGAGGUUACAAUUUAUUUACUUGGGCUAUUAAUGAUGUUUGGACGACACUGACCUGAAACACUAUUGGAGGGAAGCUUAAUUAAUGUUUGGCAGCAUCAGGCGACCAAUACUGACACGGAUUGCGUUCAAAGAGGUUGUAAUUCUUUGUUGUUGUUGUUAAUGAUAUUUGGGUGAUAUUGACCGAGAAACUGUAUUAAAAGGAACCUUAUUUGAUUUUUUUUAGUAAUAUUAGUGCAAUACUGUCACUAUAUUUACAUUAGAGGAGGUUGUCAUUAAUUUUGUUUAUGUAUUUUUUUAUUUAUUUUAGUUAUUAAUGAUUCUAUGCAAGAUUAUAUUGGUUGGCAUCUUUUUUGCUUCUGUAAUGUCUCAAACUGACUCGUGUUUCGCUAACCAUUGACUGCAGAUUCGCUGUUUCCAGAUUAAAUGUUUGUUCUCCAUUUUCUUUACUCUCUAAUAACGAAAACAAGGAAAAUUUUGUGCAAUAUUUACCUUCAACUUGUUAUUCAGUCAUCUCUAAGGUAUUUCUAAAAGGAGUUGUGUUUUUUGUUAAGUAUUGGUGACAGAUUUGAUAUUUCCAGAUUAUAUUCUUGUUUUUGCAUCUUUCCACGCUAAUAAUGAGAGCAAGAAGUAAAUUUUGUACAAUAUUUAUCUUCAAUUAUUCAGAUCUUUAAUAUGAAUCUAGAAGGAGUUGUGUUUUGUUAAGUAUUGGUGACAGAUUUGAUAUUUCCAGAUUAUAUUCUUGUUUUUGCAUCUUUCCACGCUAAUAAUGAGAGCAAGAAGUAAAAUUUGUACAGUAUUUAUCUUCAAUAUACUGUUCAAAUGUUUCUUUAAUAUAAUUCUAGAAAGAGUUAAGUAUUGGUGACAGAUUUGCUAUUUCCAGAUUGUCUACUUGUUUUUUUUGCAUCUUUCCUCGCUAAUCACCAAAACAGGAGGUAGAUUUUGUGUUAUUCAGAGCUUUCUUAAAUACAAACGUUGAAGGAGUUGUGUUUUGUUAAGUAUUGGUGACAGAUUUGCUAUUUCCAGAUUGUAUUCUUGUUUUUGCACCUUUCCACGCUAAUAAUGAAGGCAAGAAGUAAAAUUUGUACAGUAUUUAUCUUCCAAUUAUUCAGAUCUUAAAUACAAACGUUGAAGGAGUUAUGUUUUGUUAAGUAUUGGUGACAGAUUUGCUAUUUCCAGAUUGUAUACUAAAUAAAUUGUGUUUUGCUUUAAUACAAUAAUUCUAGAAGUUAGGUUUUUGUUAAGUAUUGGUGACAUUCUUCCAUUUUCUUUGUAUUUCCUUUCUGUAAUGCAGGAGUUAUGUUGCGCCAAGUACUGAAGACAGAUUUGGUUGUCAUUUGUGUUGUGUUGUGUUGCGUGGGCAGUAAGCCAAAGGAGGCACGCCGCGGUGCAACACAUAACCACUGAGCAGUAUUGUUUACAAGUGUUUUUAUCUCAGUUUCCCAUGAAAUACUUCCUUGCCUCUCCGUUUUCUAUGAUUAAAAGUGUGUGUGUGUGUGAGAGAGAGAGAGAGCGUAUGUAUGAUGAUUUUAUACAACCCUUGUGUGUGUGUGCGUGUUUGUGUGUGUUUUCAUUUAUAUUUUACUCAUUAUAACCUUAUAUGUGUGCGUAUGUAUGUAUAUAUGUAUGUGUGUGUGUGUGAAUAUGCAUGCUUUAGAGAGAGAGAGCGAGAGAGAGAGAAUCCUUAUAUUUAUUCCAAAGAGAGAGAAAGUUCUCAAGGUGUUCAUUAAUAGCCUAGUUUGGUUAAGUUCUUGUCUACAGUUCAGUAUUGCAACGUCUACCCCCGGAUCACGUCAGCCUGUACACACAAACCGUUACUCAUUUAUAUUUUACGAUAAUCUUGUAAUAAAACCAAUAAAACGCCGGCAGUGGUGUGUG